GGGACGCCGGCUCCUCUUUUCCCACUGUCCCCUGCCUCAUCUAGAUCACAGAAGACUAGCAAAGAACCAAAAGUCUUAGAACGUUGAGAGUUAAAAAUAAAUAAAUAAAACAGGAGAACCUAUUCAUGACCACAAUAAAAAUGGCGAAAUCCGCUUAGCGCUGGUGUUUGACUGGGGUUACGUAGAUCAGCGUGCUGCAAACCAGCUCUGGGCGGCUCUGGAUUGGCUGUCGUUCUGCGGGCUGCGGAACGCAGACUUCGGCUGGACGCCACUGAGGUGACACCUGUGCUCCUUCCUGAAAGGUUCUGGUUCUCAGACUUGCCCUCCUUCGUUUCGGUGUCUAGAGCCCGGCCAACUGUCCUUCAACUUGCUUUGCCUCAUGUGUACCAGAAUCAGUGCUGCGUAGUUUGACCCUGAUAGGAUUGACUUUACAAAUGAGACAUUUUAAGUCACGUCUGCCAAGAGGUGUCAUUUGAAUGAAACUGUAACUUAUACAAGUUUUCAGGUAUUUUUAACCUGAGUUAUCAGCUGUCUGCAGUUAUUCAUAACCUGAGGGGUGGAUGGCCCUGAAGGGGAGGGAUAAGAACUGCGGAUCUUAGAUAUUCUGAGAACCCACUGCUGUGAAAUCAUGUGCUGACAGCCCCAAAGGGAGCAUAAACCAGGGGCUCUGAUAUCAUGCAGCAGAAGAGCAAAUUAUUUCUCCAGGCUUUGAAGUAUAGUAUUCCUCGCCUUGGGAAAUGCAUGCAGAAACAGCAGUUGAAUCACUAUAACUUCGCUGAUCAUUAUUACAAUAGAAUAAAAUUGAAAAAAUGUCACCUAACCAAGUGUCUGCAGGAUAAACCCACGAUAUCAGAGUUAGCAAGGAACAUCCCGAGUCGGAGCUUCUCAUGUAAGGAUUUUCUGCCUAUUAAACAAGAAAACAAAGACUCACUUUCAGAAAACAUGGAUGCAUUUGAAAAAGUGAGAACAAAAUUAGAAACACAGCCACAAGAAGAAUAUGAAAUCAUCAAUGCAGAGGUGAAGCAUGGUGGUUUUGUUUAUUAUCAAGAAGGUUGCUGCUUGGUUCGUUCCAAAGAUGAAGAAGCAGAUAAUGAUAAUUACGAAGUUUUAUUCAAUUUGGAGGAACUUAAAUUAGACCAGCCCUUCAUUGAUUGUAUCAGAGUUGCUCCUGAUGAAAAAUAUGUAGCUGCUAAGAUAAGAACUGAAGAUUCUGAAGCAUCUACCUGUAUAGUUGUGAAGCUAAGUGAUCAGCCUGUAAUGGAAGCCUCUUUCCCAAAUGUGUCCAGUUUUGAAUGGGUAAAGGAUGAAGAAGAGGAAGAUGUUUUAUUCUACACCUUCCAGAGGAACCUUCGCUGUCAUGAUGUGUAUCGAGCAACUUUUGGUGAUAACAAACGUAAUGAACGUUUUUACACAGAAAAGGACCCAAGCUAUUUUGUUUUCCUUUAUCUUACAAAAGACAGUCGUUUCCUCACCAUAAACAUUAUGAACAAGACUACUUCUGAAGUGUGGUUGAUAGAUGGCCUAAGCCCUUGGGACCCACCAGUACUUAUCCAGAAGCGAAUACAUGGCGUCCUUUACUACGUUGAACACAGAGAUGACGAAUUAUACAUUCUCACUAAUGUUGGCGAGCCUACAGAAUUCAAGCUCAUGAGAACAGCAGCUGAUACCCCUGCCAUUAUGAAUUGGGAUUUAUUUUUCACAAUGAAGAGAAAUACCAAAGUUGUAGACUUGGACAUGUUUAAGGACCACUGCGUUCUAUUCCUGAAGCACAGCAAUCUACUUUAUGUUAAUGUGAUUGGUCUGGCUGAUGACUCGGUUCGGUCUCUGAAGCUUCCUCCUUGGGCCUGUGGAUUCAUAAUGGAUACAAAUUCAGACCCAAAGAACUGCCCCUUCCAGCUUUGCUCUCCAAUACGUCCCCCAAAAUACUACACAUACAAAUUUGCAGAAGGCAAACUGUUUGAGGAAACUGGGCACGAAGACCCAAUCACAAAGACUAGUCGUGUUUUACGUCUAGAAGCCAAAAGCAAGGAUGGAAAAUCAGUGCCAAUGACUAUUUUCCACAAAACGGAUUCUGAGGACUUGCAGAAGAAACCUCUCCUGGUACAUGUAUAUGGAGCUUAUGGAAUGGACUUAAAAAUGAAUUUCAGACCUGAAAGACGGGUGUUGGUGGAUGAUGGAUGGAUAUUAGCAUAUUGCCACGUUCGGGGUGGUGGUGAGUUAGGCCUCCAGUGGCACGCUGAUGGCCGUCUAACUAAAAAACUCAAUGGCCUUGCUGACUUAGAGGCUUGCAUUAAGACGCUUCAUGGCCAAGGCUUUUCUCAGCCAAGUCUAACAGCCUUGACUGCUUUCAGUGCUGGAGGGGUGCUUGUGGGAGCAUUGUGUAAUUCUAAUCCAGAGCUCCUAAGAGCUGUGACUUUGGAGGCACCUUUCUUGGAUGUUCUCAACACCAUGAUGGAUACUACACUUCCUCUGACAUUAGAAGAAUUAGAAGAAUGGGGGAAUCCUUCAUCUGAUGAAAAACACAAGAACUACAUAAAACGUUACUGUCCCUAUCAAAAUAUUAAACCACAGCAUUAUCCUUCCAUUCACAUCACAGCUUAUGAAAAUGAUGAGCGUGUACCUCUGAAAGGAAUUGUGAACUAUACUGACAAACUCAAGGAAGCCAUUAUGGAGCAUGCUAAGGACACUGGUGAAGGCUACCAGGCCCCCAAUGUUGUGUUAGAUAUUCAGCCUGGAGGCAAUCAUGUGAUUGAGGAUUCUCACAAAAAGAUUACAGCCCAAAUUAAAUUCUUGUACGAGGAACUUGGACUUGACAGCACCAGUGUUUUCGAGAAUCUUAAGAAAUACCUAAAAUUCUGAAACGCUGCAUUCCAUGGGAAUUGGAAACACACUGAAAUAUUUCUUAGUCUUAUUUCCAAUUGGGUAAGCAACAGUGAGAUUUUUUUUAAGUUAGUAAUUUUUUAAAAUUUGCUUCUCCAUCCACAUUUCGUCUCGUGUAUAUCUCACUUGCUUCUACUGCUCUGUCCUUUGACACAUGUGCCCUUUAACCUAGGAAAGGGGUUUUCAAACCGUGCUCCUCAGAAGGACACGGAGGACGGGGUGAAGGAAGGUUUGGUGACAACACAACUCUCCCAGCUCCCCCUUCAGAACAGCUCUGUUUCUGUCUGUCCUAACUAACAUUUCCUUUGAAAAGUUUACGAAUCAAGGUCCUGCCUCUUUGCUAAUGAACACUUUUAGACACGUCAGCAGUAAGUCCUCCAAUUUCUACGUCUGUAUUUUAUGAAAAGAGGUAACAUUCUUCACAUUAGAAUUCAUUAGAUCUCUCUGACAGUCCGGGGUCCUCAGGUGUCCUGAUCAUCUCUUACACUGAUGCUAGCUCAAUAAAGUUACAAGUUCCUGCAAGCGAUAGUUUUAUUAUUUUUAAAAAACAUUUGAGAACCUUUUCUAAAGCUGUUACAUUCACGUUGUAUUACCCAGCCGUCUGUGGUGCGUGAAGUUACUGCACAUGCUUAGGAGGGAACAGGACGUCAGUGUCUUCAUCUCUUUAACACAAGCUGUGCAGUAGGUUUAAUGUGCUGGAAUAGCACGCCCGAUUAGAAACAAAACAUCUGUCUCUGAAAGCUGUUUGGUGAUGAAGGAGAUUCUUCGUGUUGUAUUCAAGGACGAGGCCUUCUCCUUUGUCCAGUAAAAUGUCAUGCGUAUCAACUUCACCGCCCUUGUCGGCAAAACUGGUACUUAACCUUAUGCUUGCUCUUGUGGGAAUAUUGGGAACCAUUUCCUUUAGAUUUAGCAGUGAGGAUUCUCCAAAAUUCAGAACCACCAGAAAGACUCGGUCGAUGCCAUCCAGCUCUCUUGUGUACACGACAGAGUGGCUGUUAUUCCUCAGAUAGCAAAACCAGCCCCUGCUGAGGAGCAGCUCAUUGACAUGAAGCAAACUUAAUUCUUGAUAGAACUUCAGUGCUGAUCCGGGCUGAGUCUUUUGGACCUAUUUAAAAAAGAAAAAGAAAAAAUUAACUAUUCACUUCUCAAAUAGUUGUUAGCGGUUUUUUGUUUUUUGUUUUUUUUUAGUAGUCUUAGUAUCAAAUAAGGAACUUAUUUCCCCAAAAAAGUUUGCUUCGGUUUUGCCCAUUAAAAUGACUACCAAAUUGUAAGUAUUGAUAGGUUGGUAAGAGUAGUUUAUUUAACUGCCGAGAGAUACUGCAAAUGCAGGGAGUCAUUGGGUGCACAGCGUUCUGCUCGCAUUUUGGCCAGACGUUAUGAGAGACCAAAUUUGACUCCACUUUAGGUAUCUCAAAACAAUGUCCGUGUCUAAGUUACCUGGUGUUUAACUUGCCUAACCUCAGUCCCUUUAUGCUACAUUGUAACUGGAAGAAAGGAUGCCACUGUGGCCAUGAACUGGGAGGGCUUCCCUGUUCUCUUUUGUAGAAUAGUUUGGAGGUCUCUUUAACUUUAGCAGACACGUGUUCAGAAAGUUGCAGAAAAGGACGCAAAGCAAAAUGCUGCCUACAGGGAAAGUUUAAAAAUUAUACUUCUUUAAUGUGUGUCCAUUAAAGAAGAUUGGGGUUUAUUUCACAGCUAAAUAGAACAUACAUAAUUUAAUUUCAAGCGCCUUCUCCUGUGAUUAUGGUAAAAUGUCAUUUUAAUAACAGUAUAAUGUUUGAAUGGAUAUACCAAAUUUAAAACCAUCCCUCUCAUUUCAGCAUUCAGCUUUCUAAUAUUUUCUCAUAUUUUUAGUGCCUCUCCCGUAUUUGGAUUAUUUAGAAUAGAAAGACAAUUACUACGUCAGAGAGUAUGGAUACUUGAUAUAUAAUGCCAAAUUAGUCUUCAUAAGAGCUGUUGCCAAAUCAGUGGUAAUGUUCAUUUCCGUGGACUCUUGCCAGCCACGUUGACUGCAGCGGUGGUGGCUGUCAUUGCUGUUAUUGUUGUUACUGCGGGGCAGGUGCCUAAUGUGUGGUCUUCAGUGAACAUCUACUGAAUGUUUGAAAAAUGUUUAUUCUCUGUUAUCAGGCACAAAGGUAUUUAUGGUACAUGUAUAUGGUAUAUGUAUAUGACUUGUCAAAUUACUAUUAACAUUUUCUAUAGCCUUAGAUGAUGCAUGGAAAAGCAUAGUUUGGUGCCACUCACAUAAGAAGUGCCCAGUAAGUGUUAACUAUUAUCUGUGUCUACUUUCUAGAAGUAUGUUGAAGUGUCUCUCUGUAAUUGUGGAUUUGUCAGUUUCUCUUGGCAUUUCUCAUAGUACUUGUUUUAUAUAUUUGGACGCUAUUGUUAGAUGCAUAGAUCAUGACUUGUAGUGGAAUGUUCUUUAACAGUUUUUGAAAAUUACAUUGGUCUCAUAAUGCUUUUCAUAUUGAAUUCUAUUUUGUCUGCUAUUAAAUAUUUCCACACCUGC